AGUAAGUAAUUAACCCUGUAAAAAAUUGGGGGUUGAAUUUCAUCAUAAGCCUAAAGAACUUGUCUGCCCUAAAAUAUCGAUCAGAAUCAAGAAAUCCAACUUCAACAAAGCCCACCGCUCCGGCGACUAUCGGUGGCUCCGACGACGAUGGAAUCAGUGGAUUGUGAAGUUGAUGAUGAUGGCAACGAUUCUGUUGAUAUGGAAGGUAGGGUUGGUGAGGAAAAUGGAAUGGGAGGAAACUCCGUUGGAGAGGUAUUUCAUGAAAACAAGGUUGAUAAUGUGACUCAAAUUCUUUGUGGGAGAGAAUUGGUUCCAGUUGAUGAGCCCGAAGCUCUAAAUAUUUCAGCUCCAGUAGAUGAACCCUAUCUGGGCCAGGAGUUUGAAUCUGAAGCAGCAGCUCAUGCUUUUUAUAAUGCCUAUGCUACAAGAGUGGGUUUCAUCAUUCGUGUGAGCAAGCUCUCUCGAUCAAGGCGCGAUGGAACUGCGAUAGGCCGGGCACUUGUGUGUAAUAAAGAGGGUUUUCGCAUGCCUGACAAGCGUGAAAAGAUUGUACGACAAAGAGCUGAAACAAGGGUUGGUUGCAGAGCGAUGAUUUUAUUUAGGAAAGUAAGCUCCGGCAAAUGGAUUGUUACGAAGUUUGUAAAGGAGCACACUCAUCCUCUGGCUCCUGGAAAGGGUCGAAGGGACUUGAUUUGCGAUCAAUAUCCGAAUGAACAUGAUAAAAUUCGGGAGCUGUCCCAGCAGCUGGCCAUUGAGAAAAAGCGAGCAGCAUCGUAUAAGAGGCAUUUGGAAAUGAUAUUUGAGCACAUUGAAGAGCACAACGAGUCUCUCUCGAAGAAGAUACAACACAUAGUAGAUAGUGUAAAGGAGAUGGAGUCCAAAGAACAACAACAAAGUCGUAGAUAGUUGUCAACAUUAUUCAGCCUUCUUUUUUUUCCCGUGUUUGAUAGAAAACAAUAUAUCAAGGUAAAAAGCUUGCAGACUGCUGUCGGGCAAGGUGUACAUUAUAAACGAUGGUGGUGCUGAUUUUACUUUGUUGCCAACUUUGUUCUGGCUUUUGAUAGAGUGAGAUUUGAAUUCAUUGGACAUUCCUUUGAGCUCUGUGUAAUUAUGCCCUUGGUAUGAAGAUAGGUGUCAAAUUUGUACUUAUGGGAGCCCAUCCCUGCACUCAUUUUCCCAUAAAAUUGAAUCAUAUACCUGAUUUUUUUUGAUGCAAGAAA